AUGCCAGUGGGAACGGUGCGCAGUGCGUGUGCGGAUUUUCUUCGCGGCAUCCCUCCAGGCUACAUGGGACCUUCCUGCGCUGCGGGCGCACUGCUCGCCGCCUGCGUCUGGCACGCCGCUGCGGUUAAUAUCCCAUUCCGGAGGGUCGCCACUUCUCCAGCACCGCGCUCGCGUGUCGCAGCUGUCUACGACGUAGGCGAUCCGUUCGGGUUCCAAAAUUUGAACAACAACGUCUACGCAGCAGAGAUUAUUGUCCAAGGAGCCAAUUUUACCGCACAGUUAGACACCGGCAGCUCCGACUUUUGGGUCGAUAGCUCCUUGGUUCAAAACAAUGCGUCGUUCGCCAACGCCACAAACACAGGCUUCAACGCGACGAGCGGUCUCAUCCUUGUCGUAGAUGUUACCUUUGGCAACUUCACCAUAUUUGGCCAGGCCAUGAUCGACGCCAUAGGCACGAAUGCGACAGAGGGCACCAACAUCACUGCACUUGUAGGCCUCGGCGCACCUGCGUCCAGUUCAAGUAGCAUAGUGGCGAGCCUGUCCGAUGACCCUCAGAUAAACGACAGCCCGCUGAUGAACAACCUAUUUGACAUCUAUCCAGACGUCGACAACUACAUGACCUUCCUACUAUCCCGAGCAUCGUUAUACGAUGACACUGCGGGGGGCGUUCUAACAGUCGGCGAGGUAUCGGACGAAUGGCCGGGCAUUCAAGAUACAGAACAGCUGCCCGUGCUCCUCAGCGAUGCCUGGGCGACCGUCAUAGACGGUUUCGUCGUCAACGGCCGCACGUUGACAGACACCAGCAAAACACUCCCGAACGGCCCUCCGCAGAUGCUCACGCUCUUCGACACAGGCACAGCCCGCGCGCUCGCACCUGCCGAGGUCGUCGACGCGAUGUACCGCGACCUGCCCGGCGCCGAGUUCGACGGCUGCUGCCAGUACACUCUUCCGUGCGCCACGCUGACGAACAUCAGCGUUAUCAUCGGCGGGCAGCUGUUCCCGAUUCACCCGAUCGACGCCGUUGUCGUCCCUGCAGCGGGCGAGGAGCAGCGCGCAGACGCAGACACGAGCGUCUGUGUCAGCGCGUUCAGCUACCUCUCGCCGAACAACGUCGACGCGAUACUCGGCGACACGUUCCUCCGGAACGCAUACGCGCUGUACUACUUCGGGAACUGGACGCGCCAGGACGACGGCCCGCCGUACAUGCAGCUGCUCAGCACGACAAACGCGACAGCCGCGGCGGCCGAGUUCGGCGCGCUCAACGAUGCACGGCAGACAGCGCGCAAGGCGGCUCAGCAGAGCAGUCCCAGCAUUGGGACGACGAGCGGCGCACAACGGAGCGUUCCUCUGUGGCCCACGUUUGUGUCUUUGCUUUCGGUUUUGAUGUCUCGUGAAUUGGCUGCUCUUAUCUCUUGA